UGGCAUCCAAUCUGUAAUCAGCGUUGAAAUAUCUUUAAUAUAAAGCGACUGGUUUGCCUCCCUAAAAAUGCCCUCAACAUCACCAGAAAAUCACAACCAUGGGUACCAUUGAACCACACCUAACGCGAUUUACUAACCCAUCUUCAUUUGUUGGAUGGAAAUUCGUCGAAAUAUGCAAUCCCAAUACUUGACUUCUGUCCAAUCAAAAAAGAUUCAAACAACUUCAACGUUGUCAUAUUUGGCCCAAUUUCAGUCGGCUAACUGACCCUCUUAGCUAUGGGAAACUUGGGUAACUCCUACUGAAGAUGGUUAUGGGUGGUUGAAAACCAGUGAACGAAAGAGGGUGGACCUUCCGUCCCGUGUUUACCAUCCCUUUUCCAGGUAUCAGCCUGGUAACCAUCGGGUCCUGGCCCCUCCUUCAUAUAUUGGAUCCAGGAUUGACCUCCACCCAGGAUGCAUUGACCUCAAACCACCCCCAUUUUGGCGCCAAUCAACAAUCGAGUGACAUAUCCCAAGAUUGCGACUGACUGUUCUUAAAAAGGGUUCUCAGAGGGGAUUGACCCGAGAUUAGCCGCAUCAUGUCGGCCUUUACGGCUCGACGGAUGAAGAAACGGCCUUCCUUCGGGAUUCGGAGCGUAGAAUUGGCUCGCAGUGGGUCGGGUUUUGGAUUCACGGUUUCCGGUCAGCAGCCCGCGAUUUUGAGUAACAUCGUGCCGCAUUCCCCCGCUCAUGUGGCGGGACUGCGGGCCGGUGACCAUGUGAUAGCCGUGAAUGGCUUGAACGUGUCCAAACACACCCAUGAAGCCGUGGUAGAAGCCAUUGGGCAAUCCUUGGGGAUUCUGAGCUUGCAAAUUGCCGAGGAUUACUGUUCAAGUAGUGAUGAUGAGCGGGAUUUGAACGAGUCCGCCCCGAGAAAUUCCGGGUUCUUCUCGGACGACGAGGAAUAUGCGGGCGGGGGACGGGUGCCUUGGCUCCGACCCAUCCAUGUGCGGGGAAAUAGUGCCGACUCGACCUUGACCGAGGCCAGUAUUCCUCCUCGACCUCGACCCAAGAAAAGCUCGCCCAAGAAGAUGGCCAAAGUGGGACCGACUCGAUCGGCCAUGAAGAUGCCUUCGCCAUCCAAAUCGAAACAGGUGGAUCUAAUGGGCUCCGAGGAACUGCAUUUGACUGAGACCGAGAUCAACUCGUUUCUACAUCCAACUCUGAGUGAGCUCCGUCAGAGCAUCAAGCAACGGAACACGCAGUACAACCAGAUUGCCGUGGAUGAAUCUUUGUAUAAGGCGGUGGUGGGCUAUUUGGGCACGAUUGAAAUGCCCAAGGAGAAAGACCCUUCGUCAUCGAAUAAUCUCAUGGCCAUUCGCAAUUGCAUCAAACGACUCCGAGUCGAGAAGAAAGUCCACACCAUGGUGCUUAUGUGUAUUUUCGAGGACAAAAUUGUGCUCAUCAAUCAUCACGGCCUGAAACUGGCGGAUUACCCUUCGAAUCAAAUCACGUUCUGUGGGAAGUGCACCGACGACAAGCGCUUCUUCGGUUUGGUCACAACGCGGUCACUGGAUUUGGACCAUGAAGGUUUCUCCAGUUCGUGCCACGUGUUCAUGACGGAGCCGGUCACCGAUCAGGUCGAAAUGGAUCGUCGUGCCAAGGCGUUCCAAUUCGAAUUGACUUAUCACAACCAUGAUCCACAAUUGUGCCGUGAGUUCCCUUCCAAUGCCGA